AUUUCAAAACCAAUAACUCGGGGAAAAGGCAAAGGUGAAAGACAAUGGACUGCUGUUUCUUACCAUGCCUAUCUGAAAGUUCGCGAACAAAUACUCCUUGACUACAAUGCAGAAAAAGACAUGGGAUUUGGGCCAUUCUACACUUCUAUGCUAGAGAAAAGGUACUCAAUGACAGCAAACGAUUCGCAUUCAGCUAAAGAUCAAGAGGCAAAAAUGGAAAAGCUUGAUAGUUUUGUCGACAUUGGGCAGAAGUUAAAACAUAUUAAGGAAAAUUCCGAUAAAAGUGAUGGAGAUGAAAAAGAAAACAUUGCAGAAAUCAAGGACAUUUUGCACUCUUUCAAAAAGAUAUCGUUUGCGUUUGAUGACGGGGACAGAAGUUUGAGACGAAAACUGUUUUUCUUAUGGACAGACAUUGUAGAGGAUAUUCAACUUGAAGAUAUCCGCAAGAUACCUAAGAUAACUUUAACUGUUCCUAAGUUUGAGUUCAGUGAUGAUGUGAAGCUGGAGGCCAAUGUUGAUGUUGAUGUCUCUCUUUUCAUCUGGCUCAAGAAAAAUGACGGAAAAGAUAGAUUCGAAAUAUUACGAAAAUUCAGAGAGUCCAAUUCGGGUCAAAUGCGAAGCGAUUCGUAUGAGUUGAAAAAGUUCUCGAAAGAUGAUGAGGGUCAAUACCAGCUUAUAGUCGCAAGCAAGGAAACAGUUGGAAGGAAGAUAUUUCAGCUACAUUCAGGAACGAAUGCCUACACUCCACUUCAUGAAGCUUGUCAAGUUGGCGAUGACACCACUGUACAACAACUACUGCAAAAUGGCGCCAACAUCAAUGUAUAUGACAACGAAGGAUUCAAUCCUCUUCUCAUUGCCUGUAAAGAAGGACACGACACCACGGUACAACUUUUACUGAACAAUGGAGCCGACAUUAAUUUAUGUACAAAUACAGGAUCCAGUCCUCUAUUUAUAGCUUGUUUUUAUGGACAUGAGAGCACGGUACAACUUUUACUGAACAAUGGCGCCGACAUUAAUCUAUGUAAGAAUCAGGGAACCAGUCCUCUAUUUAUAGCAUGUGAACAAGGACAUGACAGCGCGGUACAACUUUUACUGAACAAUGGAGUCGACAUUAAUUUAUGUACGAAUGAUGGAACCAGUCCUCUAUAUAUAGCUUGUCAAAAUGGACAUGACAGCACGGUACAACUUUUACUGAACAAUGGCGUCGAUAUCAAUUUAUGUACGAAUGAUGGAACCAGUCCUCUAUAUAUAGCUUGUCAAAAUGGACAUGACAGCACGGUACCGCUUUUACUGAACAAUGGAGCCGACAUUAAUUUAUGUAAGAAUGAGGGAGCCAGUCCUCUAUUUAUAGCUUGUCAACAAGGACAUAACAGCGCGGUACAACUUUUACUGAACAAUGGCGCCGAUAUCAAUUUAUGUAAGAAUGAUGGAGCCAGUCCUCUAUUUAUAGCUUGUCAAAAUGGACAUGACAGCACGGUACCGCUUUUACUGAACAAUGGAGCCGACAUUAAUUUAUGUAAGAAUGAGGGAGCCAGUCCUCUAUUUAUAGCUUGUCAACAAGGACAUGACAGCGCGGUACAACUUUUACUGAACAAUGGCGCCGAUAUCAAUUUAUGUAUGAAUGAUGGAGCCAGUCCUCUAUGUAUAGCAUGUCAACAAGGACAUGACAGCGCGGUACAACUUUUACUGAACAAUGGCGCCGAUAUCAAUUUAUGUAGAAAUACAGGAUCCAGUCCUCUAUUUAUAGCUUGUUACCAUGGACAUGACAGCACGGUACAACUUUUACUGAACAAUGGCGCCGAUAUCAAUUUAUGUAUGAAUGAUGGAGCCAGUCCUCUAUAUAUAGCAUGUCAAAAUGGACAUGACAGCGCGGUACAACUUUUACUGAACAAUGGCGCUGAUAUCAAUAUAUGUAAUAAUGAUGGAACCAGUCCUCUUGAUAUUGCGCGUCAAAAUGAGCGUCACGAUGUAGUAGAAAUGUUGCUUUGAAAACUGCGGUGAUAUCUAACUUCAUAGAUGACUGUUCAAUGAUUUUUUUAGUCAAUUAACUCGUUCAUUCACAAAAAGGACAGGUACCUUAAUAAACGAGUAAGGAAUACAUAAUAUCUAUACACCGCAAGGACAGAUACUUAUAUAAUGUUAACAGGAAGUUGUGGAAAAAAUAGAUAUAAACACAAGCUUCUGAAUUGUUAAAGAAAAUGAGUUAAUUCAUAUUGUUGGUAUAUAGCGUGCAGUACAUAUAUGCUUCUUGUUAUACACCUGUCCUCAUGCAGACGGGACAUACUAUAUUCUGGCGUUGUCCGUGCGUCCGCCCGUGUGUCCGUCCGAGGUCUUGUUCUUCGGACUUUUUCCGUUACGUAUGUACAGCAUUCAAAUUUAGUCAAAAUUUCACACUCAAGAAACGUAAAAGUGAGAAUACAUUUCAAAUAGAUCGAUGGAUCGUAACCACAACAGCAGUACAACAAGUUCCCACGCUCCUUUUGUUACGGGUAAAGGCAUUGCCCUGACAUUCUGUUACAAUCUCCCUCUCAGAGAAAUACAUGAUUAAUUCACAUGUCAGCUGAAUUGGUGCACCAUGACCUUCCUUAAUGCUUUUCUAUUUAUAUAUCUAUACCCAUUCAGAGUGCAUAUUGUGCUUAAAGGUUGAAUAUCACUGUCCUACGGACGUAUGAUGUGCCGUUUGGGGUAUACUUGAUACAAUAUUAUCUAAAUGUGAAAUAUAAUUCAAAUUCAAAUCAUAGAUUCACAUGUAAUUUGAAUGCAGAAUAUAGCUCAAAAGCAUUCGUGAAUUAAAUGUACAAUUAAAUCAAAAUAUACAAUGAGCUAUAAUGUAAUUAUGACAUAAAUUGUAUGUACAUGUAUAAUCAGGGAUUUUACAACGAGAUAAUCAAAUACAAUGAAUAUAUAUAUAUAUAUAAUACAAUCUCCAUAUAAUCAACGUAUUUGAGAUGUACAAUGUGAUAUGAAAGUGCAAUGUGAUCUAGAUGUACACCGUUUUCGAAAGUGAUGUAUAUGAACUGAAAUUUAUUUGUUUAAUAAAAGUUUAUGUGCAAUGAAA